AGUUGCCAGUAUAUUAUUUUCGACAUACGAUAAUGUGUUUCGUUGUAAAUAUUUUCGAUUUUGGUAAUAUUGUCCAUCUUGGCGCGCCAUAUAAGAUGACGGAAGUUAGCAUAUUAAUUAAGGUGUAUAGUUACGAAUUAAACAGGGAUGCUUUGAAUCUAUGACCAAAAGAGGAAACAAUAUAUAUUAUAUUUGUGUUUGUAUACUUGUGUGAACAACGAGGUAUCAAUGAACAAAAUGCGAGAUGGACACAGUAUGGUCGAUAUGAUUAUGGUAUACGAGAUUCCAGACCCAUCCACUCUGAAAGAUGAUGAUGAAAUAGAAGAAGAAGAUAAAAAAAACAAAAUCCGCGAGUUCUACAUCGACGGUUUGAAGGCUAAAGGUCUUCUUAUAGAGAUUGACCAAAUACAAAAAGAGAAAAACGCUGAGGACACAAAUGACAACGACAAGAAGCCAAAGACGUUUUUUGUCAAAAUUCAUGCACCUUGGGACGUAUUGACCAAAAUGGCCGAAGAGAUGUUUCUGCGCAUGCCCUUGCAAAAAUCGGACAUAAAAAUUCCAUCGACACUUGAAACCGUGUUUGGCGAGCAGUUAGUGGCAAAAUUCAACAAUGCAAAUCCUUUAGAAUACGAUAGACAUAUUACACCAGACGACAUUAUGUAUUUCACGGCGUACUUUACAAAGGAGCAUGAGGCUGAGUUUGUGGGCAUUGAUAACUAUGAUACAUUUUUUACUCCCACCGACCGUGUGCGCAUAGUCGAAAGAAUCAUGGGACAGACGCCAUUCGAUGCCUCGGAGGACUUGAACAAGGUUGUUGGUAUUGCUAAUUUGAAGUUCACCAACGCGUUCAAGGGAAUUUAUCCAUUGCACGACGGACCGUGUGAGGUCCCAGAGGGUGGUGAGCCAGAAAAUCAACGCCAGCGAUUGCGAUGGGAGUGGGCACGCUUUAGAAAAUGGUACAAGUAUCAGCCACUUGACUCGAUUAAAGAUUAUCUUGGAACAUCUAUUGCAAUGUAUUUUGCCUGGCUUGGUUUCUAUUGCACAAUGUUAGCACCUGUUGCUUUCCUUGGCUUCAUAGCGUUCCUUUACGGAGCGACUCUUUCUUAUAAAUGGCAUACGUCUGAUUUUGAAGAGGUGGAGGAGCAUAUCAGAUCAGAGUAUGCUGCAGUCGUCACAACACUUCGUGACAACCCGGUCACUAAUCGUAUGGAGACGUACAUACCGAGGACGACCAUCUUCAGGAAGUAUGCAGGUGUUAUCAGCAUCGUUACUUUCAUGAUUACUCUAGUUAUAUCUGUUGUGAUCGGUGUUGCUCUAUAUCGAACGGCUGUUUAUGCGGCUGCUGCAAAAAAUUCAGAUGAAAGCAUUCGCAAAAACGCCAAAGUCCUCACGUCCAUGACGGCGGCUGUCCUUAAUCUCAUCUUCAUUAAUAUCCUCAAGUUUGUGUAUAAGUACGUUGCAUAUUGGCUUACAAACUGGCAGAAUCCGCGUACUCAGACGGACUGGGACGACAGCUACACGGUGAAAAUGUACAUCUAUCAAUUUGUGAACAUGUACUCUUCCCUGUUCUACAUUGCUUUCUUCAAGAUAAACCUGUUUGUGGGCACUCCCGGACAUUACCUCCGACCUUUUGGUGUGAAGGACUGGCGUCUAGACACGUGCGGACCGCAAGGAUGCUUGGUAGAGUUGUGCAUACAAUUGGUUAUAAUUAUGGUGGGGCAGCAAAUCAUUAGUAACGUUACUGAAGUAAUAAUACUGUAUUUGAAGAAGUUGUGGAAUGAACGUAACACGCAGAAAGGAAGCAUACCACAUUUACCACAAUGGGAACAAGAUUAUUUUCUUUCUGUUUCGGACGGAACAUUGUUCAAGGAGUACUUGCAAGUUGUCUUACAGCUCGGUUUUGUCAUGAUGUUUGUUGCUGCAUUCCCAUUGGCUCCGUUUUUUGCAUUUAUAAAUGGCAUAAUGAAAAUCUGUUUUGACGCCAUCAAAUUCAUUCGGAACCAGCAACGACGCUUUCCGAAGAUGGCUGAGGAUAUUGGCGCCUGGUACCCGAUCCUCGAAGCCCUUUCUGCAUUCUCUGUUCUCGUAAAUGCAUUUGUAAUGGCGUUUACCUCCGACUUCAUCCCAAAGAUGGUAUAUAAAUACAGUUACAGUCCUGACGAAUCACUCGACGGCUAUUUGAACAAUAGUCUGUCAUAUUACGACACCACCUUGUGGAGCAAUGAGUCGAGACCGAAUGAGAUGUAUAAAGUUGGAUGUAUCAAUCCUCCGCCUUACUGUAGGUCAGUAUUCUCAUUAUUGUAACACCAAAGCACUCUUCAAAAAUUGUUCUCGUGUUUUUAUGGGUUUUGUCGGCUGAAUGAAAGCACAUUGGCAUUUUUUAACCUUUU